UAAUAGAGUGUGCAUGCAAUUGGAAGCGGUUCCCAUUGACAUAUAGAUUACAAAUGUCAUAUUGAAUAUGCAAUCACCUCAACGUGGGUCUCUAAAAACAUAUAUUCAGCUGCCCGUAUUCCAACAAGAAAUACGACACUUACCGAAACUCCCAAUUCGCAUCUUCACUGUAAUAUUCGAAAAACCAUUCCUAAAAGAAAUCUCUAUAUAUACUUGGUCAUAUUUCCGCAGUAGCAGCUCAUUAUAUUCACUCAAGCUAUUCUAGGAUAUUUUUGCCCUCAUCAUCAUGGCUGGAAUUGUGGUGGUUUUCGAUUUUGAUCAUACUAUUAUUGAUUGUGAUAGUGAUGAUUGGGUUUUCGAUCAAUUCGGUGUAACCAAGUUGUUUAAUCAACUUCUCAGUACCAUGUCAUGGAACACAAGUGUGGACAUGGUGAUGAAAGAAAUUCAUUCACAGGGAGGAACAGUAGAGGAGAUGGUUGAAGGUCUGAAAAGAGUACCUUUACAUCCUCAGAUGAUCACAGCCAUUAAAUCAGCUCAUUCGCUAGGAUGCGAUUUGAGAAUUGUGAGCGACGCGAAUGUUUUCUUCAUUGAGACAAUCUUGAAGCAUUAUGAUCUACUUGAAUAUUUCUCCGAAAUCAUUACGAAUCCUAAUUGCGUAGACGAACAAGGGCGGUUUAGGGUUCUGUCUUACAAUGAUUUCGCCUUCUCUGAUCCUCAUAUGUGCAGCCUCGCAUGCCCUCCUAAUAUGUGCAAGGGGAAGAUUAUCGAGCGAAUGCGAGAUUCUUUGGCUUUCGACGAAGGAAAGAAGCAAAUCAUCUAUAUUGGAGACGGAAAAGGUGAUUUCUGCCCGAGUUUGAAAAUGCGACAGGGGGAUUAUGUGAUGCCAAGGAAGAAUUAUCCGGUCUGGAAAUUGAUAUGCAACAGUUUACCACACAUCAAAGCAGAGAUUCAUGAAUGGAGCAGCGGAGAUGAUUUCAUAGGGAAACUUCUUGAUCUCAUUAACAAGAUCAAUGUCAUUUCUGGGGAUGAAGAAAUGGCAAACCAUAUUGCUGCCAAGUCAGUGCUGCAGUCUCCAAUUGUAACAUGUAACCAUCAAGUAGUAUUACCACAUCCCCAAGCCCUACCUUGUUAAACUAAACAAAUUUCAAUCUUGGGCUUUGGGAUCGAAUGUUUCACUUAGGGGUGAGCAUAAGCCGGUAUGGACCGGUUUUCAUCUCAUCCGCAUCCAAUCUACUACGGAUUUCAAAUUAGGCAUCCGCAUUCAAUGGAUUUGCAUCCAAUGGAUGAACGACUUGGGUGCGGAUAAUUCAAUGAAUUUGUGUUGGUUAAAAUUUAUAAUGGAAAAAUAAAGCCCAUAUAGAUGACUUCUUAUAGAACUUAU